CUCCCCCUAGUUUCGCCACUAUGGCUUCGACAUCCGCUGAAGCGCAACUCCGCGACGAAAUCGCAAAACUUACAGCGUCCAUCAACCAGCAUAAAACCGCAACGCAGAAACCGUAUUUCUCGGGGUACCGCCAAACGAAUACAUAUGCAAGAGGCAACACCUACGUCAAUCCGAACUACAAGCCCCCUUCGACGACCUAUGUCCGCCCCGCACCCGCAGUGAAGCCCCGGCCACCACCUCAAGCAUCCACGUCUCUAGGUACACACGAAGUCAAGGAGGUAGUUAUCAACGGCGUCUCUUUCAAGUCUUCUGGACGGGCCCUGGUGCGCUCCGAUUUGCCGACUCCGAAGCCUCCUUCCUCUGGCAACCCAGCUGGUCUCAAGCCACCGUCAUCUCAUCGUGCUUACCCUCGUACUGUCCAUGGUCCUCCUGCCACUCGGGCCUACAAGCUGAAGGUCGCCCGGGGCCCGGGGCGCCGUGUACCCCGCGCCCGUAACAUGACGUUGAACAACAAAGCAGGCCGACGUCAAUCCAAGAAAUAUUCCGACAAACCGUGCCCGCGGUUCAACAUGACUGGUUCGUGUAACCGUGGCCUCACUUGUAUCUAUCAGCACGACCCGUCGAAGAUUGCCAUUUGUUGGAACUUUUUGUACAACAAGUGUCCAAACUCUGACGAGACGUGCCCGCUCUCUCACGAUCCGACUCCGGAGCGGACUCCUCUGUGUACUCACUUCAUCCACGGUGGCUGCUCUCGGCCCAAUUGCCACUUUCCUCACGUCAACAUCGGCGCUCGCCAGGGUGUUUGUCGCGACUUCGCCGUCUUCGGUUACUGCGAAAAAGGCCUCGACUGCGACCAGCAACACGUACGGGAAUGCCCCGACUUUGCGGAGCACGGGACUUGUACCAAUAAGGGUUGCAAGCUUCCGCACGUCAUUCGCGCCAACCGGAAUCGCAAGCCCAAGGCCGAGGUCUCUCCUUCCGUGAUUGCUGGCGCGGCCGUCGAUGCAGCACCAUCUAAGCCUAUGGACACCGCCGCCGACCCUCCAACUGUUGAUGCGUCUGCCUCCGCUGCUGGCGGCGGCGAGCUUGGGGAUGAGUAUAUUUCCCUGACCUUUAACGAGAGCGAAAGUGACGGGAGCGGCGACGAGGAGAGCGAUGAGGAGGAUGAGGAGGGUGGUAACUCGAAUAACGACCAUGAGGGCACCGCCCCAACGCAUUCCGACGUAGAUAUGUAGCUUAGUCUUCCGUCUUGUAUCUUUUGUUCGAUCUAUAUACCACUUCUUCAUUAUGGAUAUACAUGCAGCUGA